AUGGGGAUCUCCACGGUCAUCUUCGAAAUAUGUCUUUUAUGGGGUCAAGUUCUUUCUUCAGCUUCUUGAACAGCCUAUCCAACACCUGGUACUAUUUCAGGUUUGCCCCUGAGGCUCGUGAAUGGCGGUGACCGGUGUCAGGGCCGGGUGGAGGUCCUCUACCAAGGCUACUGGGGCACCGUGUGUGACGACAGCUGGGACACCCAGGAUGCAGAUGUCGUCUGUCGGCAGCUCGGCUGUGGCCAUUCAGUAUCAGCACCCGGAGGGGCCCAUUUUGGUCAGGGCUCAGGGAACAUUCUCUUGGGAGCUGUGUACUGCUCAGGACAGGAACCCUACCUGUCCAGCUGUCAGCAUGAUGGCUGGUACAAUCAUGACUGUGGCCACAGGGAAGACGCCGGAGUCGUGUGUUCAGGAACAACAGAGUCUGAUUUGGCUGUAAGGCUGGUGAAUGGAGGAGACCGGUGUCAGGGUCGCGUGGAGAUCUUGUACCAGGCUACCUGGGGCACCGUGUGUGACGACGGCUGGGACACCAAUGAUGCCAAUGUGGUGUGCAGACAGCUGGGCUGUGGCUGGGCUGUGUCUGCCCCUGGAAAUGCCCGGUUUGGACAGGGCACAGGGCCCAUUGUCCUGGAUGACGUGGCCUGCACAGGGCAUGAGUAUUAUCUGUCGAGCUGCUCCCACCGAGGCUGGCUCUCACACAACUGUGGACACCAGGAGGACGCUGGAGUCAUCUGCUCAGCAUGGAGCAGCUCCUGCUGUAUCAAUGCAGGUUUGCCCCUGAGGCUCGUGAAUGGCGGUGACCGGUGUCAGGGCCGGGUGGAGGUCCUCUACCAAGGCUACUGGGGCACCGUGUGUGACGACAGCUGGGAAACCCAGGAUGCAGAUGUCGUCUGUCGGCAGCUCGGCUGUGGCCAUUCAGUAUCAGCACCCGGAGGGGCCCAUUUUGGUCAGGGCUCAGGGAACAUUCUCUUGGGAGCUGUGUACUGCUCAGGACAGGAACCCUACCUGUCCAGCUGUCAGCAUGAUGGCUGGUACAAUCAUGACUGUGGCCACAGGGAGGAUGCCAAAAUCCUGUGUUCAGCUAGUUUGACCAGGAAUGCACAUGUGCCGUCAUCCACACAGGAACAAUGAAGGAGAAUCCCUCUUGUCUUUCCAGGAACAGGGCUAGAUUUUGUUGUGAGGCUGGUGAAUGGAGGAGACCGGUGUCAGGGUCGCGUGGAGAUCUUUUACCAGGGUUCCUGGGGCACCGUGUGUGAUGACGGCUGGGACAUAAAUGAUGCCAAUGUGGUGUGCAGACAGCUGGGCUGUGGCUGGGCCGUGUCUGCCCCCGGAAAUGCCCGGUUUGGACAGGGCUCUGGGCCCAUUGUCCUGGAUGACGUGGCCUGCACAGGGUACGAGUACUAUCUGUGGAGCUGCUCCCACCAAGGCUGGCUCUCCCACAACUGUGGACACCACGAGGACGCUGGAGUCAUCUGCUCAGGAACAGGCCUUGAUUACGCUGUGAGGCUGGUGAAUGGAGGAGACCGGUGUCAGGGUCGCGUGGAGAUCUCGUACCAGGGUUCCUGGGGCACCGUGUGUGACGAUGGCUGGGACACCAAUGAUGCCAAUGUGGUGUGCAGACAGUUGGGCUGUGGCUGGGCUGUGUCUGCCCCUGGAAAUGCCCGGUUUGGACAGGGCACAGGGCCCAUUGCCCUGGAUGACGUGGCCUGCACAGGGCACGAGUACUAUCUGGCAAGCUGCUCCCACCGAGGCUGGCUGUCCCACAACUGUGGACACCAGGAGGACGCUGGAGUCAUCUGCUCAGGAACAGAAAUUGAUUUGUUUGUGAGGCUGGUGAAUGGAUCAGACAGUUGUCAGGGUCGCGUGGAGAUCUUGUACCAGGGUUCCUGGGGCACCGUGUGUGACGACGGCUGGGACAUAAAUGAUGCCAAUGUGGUGUGCAGACAGCUGGGCUGUGGCUGGGCUGUGUCUGCCCCCGGAUAUGCCUGGUUUGGACAGGGCUCUGGGCCCAUUGUCCUGGAUGACGUGGACUGCAUAGGGCACGAGUACUAUCUGGCAAGCUGCUCCCACCGAGGCUGGCUCUCCCACAACUGUGGACACCACGAGGACGCUGGAGUCAUCUGCUCAGCUUCUCAAUCAAGCUCUCCAACACCUGCUGAGACACCGCCAUACUCGACUAUUGCUGGUGAGUCCCGCUCUCCCUCAGUGCUUGUGUUUCCCACUGUCCCUGUUCUGCUCACCAUUUCAGAAACAGCUACAGUGUGGGUAGCCGUGUGCUGUGAUUUGGGGGUUCAUCAGCAUUUCCACUCUUUCCUUACAGUAAACUAUACCUGUGGAGGUUUCCUGACCAGGCACUAUGGUACCAUUUCUAGUCCAUUCUAUCCUGGGAAUUAUCCUAAUAAUGCCAGAUGUGUGUGGAACAUUUUGGUCCCAACCAACAACUACGUGUCUCUAAACUUCAUGGAUGUGCAGCUGGAAGGAGGCUGCAGCUUUGACUACAUCCUGCUUUUUGAUGGCCCUGAAUAUAAUUCUUCUCUCAUUGCUCGCGUUUGUGAUGGAACCCAUGGAACUUUCACCUCCACACAGAACUUCAUGUCUGUAGUCUUCAUCACUGAUGUCAGUGUCACCAGGACAGGGUUCCAGGCUAACUACAUCGCUGUCUAUGUCCCUUCCACCAGUGAGUUUCCUUGUGAGAUUGAAUGUCCAUUUGGACAGCCGUGUGCUAUGUUCUGGGGUCAUCAGCAUUUCCACUCUUUCCUUCCAGUCAACUAUACCUGUGAAGGUUUCCUGACCCAACCCUUCGGGAACUUUUCCAGUCCAUUCCACCCCAGGAACCUUAACAAUGCCAGAUAUGUGUGGAACGCUGAGGUCCCAAACAACUACCUAAACGAGUCUUCGCUGGUGCUGAGACUGGUAAACGGAGCGAACCGCUGUCAGGGCCGAGUGGAGAUCCUGUAUGAAGGCUCCUGGGGCACCGUGUGUGAUGAUUUCUGGGACAUCAAUGAUGCCACUGUGGUAUGCAGACAGCUUGGCUGUGGCCCGGCUCUGUCUGCCCCAGGAAGCUCUCAGUUUGGUCAGGGCUCAGGGUCUAUACUUCUAGAUGAUGUGUCCUGCUCAGGGUAUGAGUCUCACCUGUGGCGCUGCCCUCACCCUGGUUGGCGUGUGCAUAACUGCGGACAUUCUGAAGAUGCAGGAGUCAUCUGCUCAUCCUCUGAGCCAACAACCACUCCCAGUCCAGCUUGGUGGACCACAACAAUUCCUUACUAUGUCAACUAUACCUGUGGAGGUUUCCUGACCCAACCCUUCGGGAACUUUUCCAGUCCAUUCUACCCCGCGAACUAUCCUAACAAUGCCAGAUGUGUGUGGAACAUUGAGGUCCCGAACAACUACCGUGUGACUCUGGUCUUCAGAGAUGUGCAGCUUGAGGGGGGCUGCAGCUACGACUAUAUUGAGAUCUUCGACGGCCCCCACCACAGCUCUCCUCUCAUCGCUCGCAUUUGUGAUGGGGCCCUGGGCUCGUUCACGUCCACAUCCAACUUCAUGUCAGUGCGCUUUAUCAGUGACCACAUUAUUACCCGGAGAGGGUUCCAGGCCGAGUAUUACUCGGACUUCGCCAAUAACAUCACCAGUCUCCUUUGUUUGUCAAAUCACAUGCGAGCCAGUGUGAGCAGGAGCUACCUUCAGUCCAUGGGCUAUUCUGCCGGAGAGCUUGUCAUUCCUGGUUGGAAUUCAAGCUACCAGUGUCGGUCCCAGAUAACACAGAGGCAGGUCAUAUUCACAAUUCCCUACACGGGCUGUGGCACUACCAAACAGACUGACAACGAGACCAUCAAUUACUCCAACUUCCUCAAAGCGGCAGUUUCAAAUGGCAUCAUCAAGAGGAAGAAGGAUCUCCACGUCCAUGUGAGCUGCAAGAUGCUUCAGAACACCUGGGUCAACACUGUCUACAUCACCAACAACACCGUCGAGAUCCAAGAAGUCCAGUAUGGCAAUUUCGAUGUGAACAUCUCCUUUUAUACAUCCUCCUCCUUCCUGUAUCCAGUGACCAGCAGCCCAUACUACGUGGAUCUGGACCAGAACUUGUACCUUCAGGCUGAAAUCCUCCAUUCUGAUUCCUCUUUGGCCUUGUUUGUGGACACCUGUGUGGCUUCACCAUACCCUAAUGACUUCUCAUCUUUGACAUAUGAUCUCAUCCGGAGUGGAUGCGUGAGAGAUGAAACUUACCAACACUACUCCUCACCGUCGCCACGCAUCGCCCGCUUCAAAUUCAGUUCCUUCCACUUCCUGAACCGCUUCCCCUCCGUGUAUCUGAAGUGUAAACUGGUGGUGUGCAGAGCCUAUGAUUUCUCUUCCCGGUGCCAGAGAGGCUGUGUGGUGAGGUCCAAGAGAGACGUCGGCUCCUACCAAGAAAAGGUGGACGUUGUCCUGGGACCCAUUCAGUUGCAAUCCCCUGACAAAAAUAAGAGGAGCCUGGACUUGGCAGUGAAGGAUGUGGAGAAGCCAGUUAACUCCCAGGCGGCCCAUCCCACUGCUGCCAUCUUUGGCGGAAUCUUCCUGGCUGUGGUCCUAGCUGUGGCUGCCUUCACGCUGGGAAGGAAGACACGUGGUGCCCGUGGCCAACCUCCAAGCACUAAGAUGUGA